GGGCCUCGGGAGGGGGCCCGGGGGCCGCUCUCGAGCGGGCUCGGGCCGCGCGAGGGGGGCCGCCGCUGUCUUGUAGUCUGGCCCCCCUCCGAGCGGGGCCGAUGAGUCCGAGGCCCCGGGUGGCCACCCGCCGGCAUGUCGACGAGGGCGUGCUCCACCGCCGCCCCGCGCGCGCGGCCGGGGCGCGGCUGCCGGCGGCGCGGGGGCGAGCCCCACCGGGUGGCCAUCGGGCUCGCGAGGCAGGGGCGGUGGGAGCUCGCGCUGGCGGCCGUCGUCGGGCCGCCCGCCGUCGCCGAUGCGGCGGUGGUCAGCGCCGUGGUGGCGGGGUGCGGCAGGGCAAGGAAGUGGGAGGUGGCGCUGUGGCUUGCGCAGGACGUGCCGUGCCCAGACGUGGCCCUCUACAACGCGGCCGUGAGCGCCGUCGGCGCAGGCCGCCAGUGGGAGAGGGCCCUCUGCCUGCUGAGAGGCAUGAGGCGGCGCCACCUCCAGCCGGACGCGAUCUCCUUCAACGCCCUGAUCUCUUCGUGCUCGUCCUCGCGGCGGUGGGCGCAGGCGGUGGCCCUCUUCUGGCAGCUGCGCACCGAGCAGCUCGAGCCCAGCGCGGUCACCCACAGCGCCUGCGGUUCGGCGCUGCUCUCCGCCCGCCACUGGGCCGCGGCCUGCCGCAUCCUGCGGGACCUGGUGGGCGGCGGCCGCGCCGACGCCGCCGCCUUCGGCGUCGCGGUGAGCGCCAGCGAGAAGGGGCACCGCUGGCUGGAGGCGCUGCGCCUCGCCGCCGAGAUGCGCCGGGCGGGGCUGCGGCCCGACGUGGCCGUGCGCAACGCGGCGAUCAGCGCGUGCGCAAAGGGCCGGCGGUGGGAGCACGCCCUGUGCCUCCUGGCUGAGAUGCUCGCCGAGGGGGUGUCUCCCACCUGCACGACGUACAACGCCUCCAUCAGCGCCUGCGAGCGCGGCCACCAGUGGCUCCAGGCCCUGCGGCUGCUCUCGCAGAUGCGGCGGGGCGGCCUGGAGCACGAGGAGAUCACGUACAACGCGACGGUCAGCGCCUGCGCCAUGGGGAGCUCGUGGCGCCGGGCCGUGGGCCUGUUGGAAGAGAUGUCGAGCGGCCUGCUCAGGCCGAACGUGAUCACCUUCGGCGCGCUGAUCCGAGCGCUCGAGCACGCGGAGCGCUGGCUGCAGGCGGCCGGUAAGUGGCGUCGUCGGGAUCGCGGUCACCUGCAACUCGGCCGUCGGGGCCUGCGAGCGUGCUGGCAUGGCGGCGCUCGCGGGGCCCGCGGGGCGCGGCCUGCGGCAGGAUGCGUGCUGCACCACUUCAUGGAGGGGACCCCCAUCUGGGGCGCCGACAGCGAAGGCCUGGUCCUGGCGCUGAGCAGCCUCCGCGGCGCCGGCGCCGCCGGCGCCUCCGAGCAGCGCCUCCGGCGCCGGCGCCUGGUGGAGCCCGCCGUGGGGCGCCUGCUGGCGGUGAGCAGGCUCGCCCAGGACGGGGCCGACGCGGGCGGCGAGUGGACCUCGCUGGCGUGCCUGGAGACGCUGGGCUGCGCGCACAGCCCCCCCCGGGGGUGGGGGGGGAAGAGCAGGCGGCCGGGCGACGCGGAGCGGCGCCCUCGGGGGCCGCCCCAGCCUCAGGGGCAGCGGCAGUGGGGGGUAGCCUCCUCCUCCUCCUCCUC